AUGGAGGGUGGAGAAGGUUCCGGCGGCGGCGAUCAGACCAAGUACCGCGGCGUGCGUCGUCGGCCCUGGGGCAAGUUCGCGGCCGAGAUCCGCGACUCGAGCCGCCACGGCGUCCGCGUCUGGCUCGGCACCUUCGACACUGCAGAGGAGGCCGCCGCGGCCUACGACCGCUCCGCCUACUCCAUGCGCGGCAGCAACGCCGUCCUCAACUUCCCUGACCAGGCGCACGUCUACGAGGCCGAGAUCAGGCGCGGCGGUUCUUCGGGAGGUGGCGGUGCCGGUGCAGGUUCGUCUUCGUCGACGGCGAGGCAGGGACAAAACAGGCAGGUGAUCGAGUUCGAGUACUUGGACGACGACGUGCUGCAGGGGAUGCUCCACGACCACGACAAAUCCAGCAAGAACAAGUAG